AUGGCGGAGGUUGCCGCAGUCGGGUGGGCCAUCUCCCAUCUCCACGCUGGGGUGGAUCGCGUCACCCAUCACCACCAGGCUCCUCAACCAUGGCUUUGCCCUUCUCGGCUUCGACGAGUCGGAGAAGCUGCGCGAUCUGGAGGAGCGUCUUCUCCCGCAGCUGGAGCUGAUGCGGCAACAGGCCGAAAGGAUCCCUCCCGGGCAGCGGGGUCGCGUGGAGCAGUGGGCGAGGAGGCUCAAGUCAUAUCUCAAUCGGGAACCAAGUCAGCCAUAACUAUAAACAGUGUGAAGCAAAUCACCUCUGGGAAAAACAGAAAACUAAAAAAUGCUCUAAAGAAGUUGGAAAACAUAAUUGAAGAAGGGUCUCAGCUUUUGUCACCGCUGGCUAGCACCAUUACUAGUGGUAGUAGUAGCAAUGACAUAUCAGAUCCUGCAAACAGCGCGACCAGGAUUACCACUACUUCAUCUGUUACAGGUUUCAUAAUUGGUAGAGACAAGGAACGUGAUGACAUAAGAACGAUGCUCCAUGAAAGUGUUUGCGAACCAGCCUCCAGUAACAGCAAGUGUUAUUCAGUGAUUGGUAUCUACGGUAUUGCUGGUUCUGGGAAGACAACACUAGCACAACAUGUUUGUACCUUUGAACGAACAGAGAACUAUUUUAAACCUAUCAUGUGGAUUCAGGUUAAUCAGAUUUUCAGUGUGCAUGGAAUUUAUCGUCAGAUGCUUGAGGCAGCUUUAGGGGAGCCAUGCCAUGAGUUCAGUAAUCUUGACACUCUACACAUGAAGUUAGAGGCAGCACUGAGAGGCAAAAGGUUCCUGCUGGUCUUGGAUGAUGUAUGGACGGGGAAGGAUGUGAAUAGGGUGCACCCAGUGCAGAGAGCUCCCGCUCUAUGUAUGGACUGGGAAGGAUGUGAAUGA